CUGAGAUACAACCGCUUGUGGCGAGCGCCUGUCGUCGCGGAGUUUACGUUAGGGAAGCAGGGUAUUCAAUAUCACGUCUAAUGGUGAUUUUGUUUCUAUUCUAUAACUGUGUUGUCUGAUAUGUGUGUGCAGCUUUUUGUCCAGUAAGCAGUUUCAAGUGCAGGGAGAACAAGGAAACGCCGGCGUUGCGCGAAGACAUCGACAACCAGCGGCAACCUAUCCAUAGCGGCCCCGUUGCUCGACGUGAGAACGGCAUACAAACUACGCGCUUGUCUCUUAUAGGAACUUUGUGUGUCGUGUGCCCAACACGGAUUAGUCAUGCCAAUGAUAAGGUGACGAUGUGCUACCGUAUCUACCUAUUUGGUUCAAUACGUCACCUUUAGUUACAGUGGUGUGUCUAGCCAUCGUGUCCAUGGAGUGGAGAGCUCCAUGGAACAAAGGUUAUUGUUUGUACAAGAAACGAACGUGCGUUACACUGUGACAUUGAAUUUGGCUCGCGGUUUUAACGGCGAUUGAGGACUUCAGACCAUUAACGUAACCUUCAUACGGAUACCUGGUGGUCUUUGUUUCUGGUGAUUGUAGCAUCGUUCUGUAAACAACUUGUAUGACUCUUACGGACGGUGGUGGUGUCAAGGGACCUUUAGAAAGUGGCUACCGCCGUUUGGUUUCAACGGAUCACGACCGUGUGCGAUUUGUCUUGCAGUUCCUGAUUUGUCGUACGAUUGAUUUACUAAAGCGGACUUGAUACACAGUGAAAAUGGGUUUGCUAUCGGAGGGAACCCCCCUAACCUGGAAGGAGGUACAGAAGUAUUGUGAGCAUGUGAGACAACACGCGAUCAUACAGUUCAUCAAUCAAUACAAUAGGCUCAAGGAUCGACAAAACGAUUGUCUCAAGUUCGGCGAUGAAAUCGAGUAUAUCCUUAUCAAAUUCGACGAUGAAAACAAAACUGCAAAGUUGAGUCUUCGUGCGAACGAACUGCUUCCAGUACUACAACAAGAAGAGAAGACAAAUCCGACAAAAUGCAAAAGUCUUUGGCGACCGGAAUUCGCUUCAUAUAUGAUAGAAGGCACUCCUGGCCAGCCGUACGGGAGUCUGUUAUCGCACCUUAACGUUGUCGAGUCAAAUAUGCGAGACCGAAGAAAAUAUGUUCAAAGGCUCCUUCAGGCAAAUGAACACCUGAUGUGUUUGACGACAUUCCCUCGACUGGGCCGUGGAACCUUUACGUCACCUGCAUUUAAACCAAAUUGGUCAACAUCUUACCUUCAAUCAAUAUCGCUCCCUGAUGAAGUUGUCUUUCAAGGACAUCCGCGCUUUAAGACGCUCGCCCGUAACAUCCUUGAACGACGUGGCAAAAAGGUGGCCAUCCAUGUGCCGAUCUUCAAGGACGAGAAGACCCCGAGUCCAUUCAUCGAAGAAGAUUUUGGCGACCCAGAUGCGAAACAGGCAAUCAAGCCUGAUCAUAUCUAUAUGGACGCCAUGGGCUUUGGAAUGGGCAACUGCUGCCUACAGGUAACCUUCCAGGCAUGUAACAUUUCGGAGGCACGGCGCUUGUACGAUCAAUUGGCGCCAAUCUGUCCUGUAGUGAUGGCGCUCAGCGCGGCCUCACCUGUAUUCCGUGGAUACCUGGUAGAUCGGGACUGUCGUUGGAACGUUAUUGGUGACUCGGUCGACUGUCGACGAGACGACGAAAAGCAGCGAAUCAAAAAAUCACGCUAUGGAACUAUCGACUGUUAUAUCUCAGAUAAAGGCGAGCACUUUAAUGACAUCGAAGUCGUAUAUAACAAAGAAUACUAUGAUAAGCUACGCGCUAAUGGAGUAGACCACCUCCUAGCACAGCACAUUUCGCACCUGAUGAUUCGAGAUCCGCUAGUCAUCUUUGAGGAAAAGAUCGACCAGGAUGACGCACGCGAUACGGAUCAUUUCGAGAAUCUCCAGUCGACGAAUUGGCACAAUAUGCGAUUUAAGCCACCCCCGCCCGAGACAUCAAUCGGUUGGAGAGUGGAGUUCCGACCGAUGGAAAUCCAGACUACCGAGUUCGAAAAUGCGGCCUUUACAGUGUUCAUUGUUUUGCUCUCCAGAGUUAUUAUAUCCUACGGACUCGAUUUUCUAGUGCCCAUCUCUAAACUUGAUGAAAAUAUGGAAGAGGCCCAAAAACAAGAUGCUGCACGAAAGAGUAAAUUCUGGUUUCGACAGGACGUUAUCCUUGAAGGAUUUGGACUCAAUGGGGUGCACCACGAGGAUGGUACGACGAGGGAUAAUUUGACUCCAGAAACAGCUAGAACAAAUGGUCAUCCAACCCCCUGUAUAGUGAAGAUGACCGCAGAUGGGAUAAUGAAUGGGACCGAGUCAUUUCCAGGCCUGAUCCCGCUGAUCAAGAAGUAUCUCAAGUCAAUGGAGGUCGAUGUUGACACGCAAUGCACUAUUGCGCACUAUCUCAACCUUAUUUCGAAACGGGCUAAAGGCGAAUUCCUUACCACAGCAACAUGGAUCCGGCAAUUUAUAUUGAGCCAUUCGGACUAUAAGAAAGACUCCAAGGUGAGCGAGCUAAUUACGUACGAUCUGACGCAUCGUCUAGUCGAGAUCCAGGAACAGAAAAUCGAUGAACCUUCACUUUUCGGCGAAUGGUGCUCGAGGUCGAAGUCGCAAGUGCCUCGAGCAGUUCUACGUAACCAGUGCUGUUGAAGAGACAGGUUUCCCGCAUAGCAAAACAGGACAAGCUAACCGUAUGGAACCUCAAAUGAAUCAACUGUGGCAAUCAGCACUGCUGAAGAGACAGGUUUCCCGCAUAGCAAAACAACACAAGCACAACCUCAAACGAAUCGACUGUGGCAAUCAGCAUCAUACUGCAAAGCUGCUGCGAAGCCUGUGAUGACGCACCGACUUACAGCUGGUUAAAGGCCAACAGGCAAUUUCGGACAUAGGCCUGCGGGUAUAUAUUACUCGGAAGGGCUGGCAAGACAAAAUAUUGUAUUGGGUAGGUUUGUACAAGCAGAUUAUUCUUUACUUUUGCAUUUGGCCACCGUCCUGCCUGAUUGUGAAAAUAUACGAAAGCAAUGCUGUGAUUAGCUACCGUCGGAGCAUCCUGUGCCGAGGAUCGAGCAGGUCCUUCGCUAAUCAUUGUUAUGGCAAAACACGGAUAUGACAAAUUAUAAAUUAAGUAAUGAAUUUUGACGUUGACACAAAGAAACUCUCGAUGUAUCUAUUAUUUGACCGCAGCUAUAGUGUUUGUUUACCAAGAAACAAGAUACAUUGGCGCGAGUUGUUUGUUGGUAUAUGAAAUUUUACUUUCCCGGUUAAGUAGAUCUUAGCACAGAGUCACAUACUAUAUGCGAGCGUUAUCAUGAGCAAUUAAAGCAGCUUAGCAGAAGACUUACUCCAUCUUGGCUAUGAGCCUACGAAGUGGUGGGUAGUAAAAGCAGAGAUAGGUAAUGCAGGCAAGUGAUAAUGGUGUCGAAAUAAUGCCAACGAGGUCUUUUUGGGGCUACACCGACCCCCCGUAGAUAAAAUGGCGUAUUUCUACUGUUGUUGAUAAAUAUGUAUGUCAGCUGUAUGUAGGUACCUUCAGUGGUUUGCCUGAUCGCAGAUACCAAAAUACAUAUUCAGAGUAGGGAUACAUGCGUCGCCAUAUAUCCGUAUGCUGUAUUCUCGUUUAGCGGCUUGUUUGUUUGUUUACCUGUCCUUUGAUAACGAAUAGAGCUCACCUGUAAAUAUUGAUCUGCCGGAAAAACCAACUUUUAACGAGGCAACCAACGUAUAAUGAUUCUUGCCACCGGAUAAAUUCUAGAGUGUACGCAGUGACGGAAGAUGGCAAAAUCAGUAAUAGCAAUCAUUAUAUUGUGCGAAAUGUCUUCUGAUUUUUUUGGUUAUUCGCCCUUAUUCUUGCCCCAAACUGGGUUUGCUGUACUGCCAUGGCAAUACUUAUAAUACGAUUGUGUUAUAGAACGACACCAAACAAUGUGUUGGAAUAAACUAUAUAGAAACAUCCAGGUAGAUAUGUAAGACAUGCUACACCAAUAGUCCCGCGACGAUCGAAAGGGACGAGACUAGCUGUUAAGGCUACGUUGUUGUACGCAAUUCGAUUCGGAAGUAUUCGAAAAAAACUACUGUUGUUGAACCAAUGACGAUCAAUCCUAUCCGUUUAAUAUAGCUUUUGUGCUUUCUGACGUAGCUAAAUCAGCCGUCAGUCCAGUCUCAAUUAUUAAGAAGGAUUCGACAGUAACUUGCGUUAUUUUUGAGUAUCGGAUGCUACAAAUAAUCAUGGCGGCUUGUUUGCAACAGGCUUUCCUAUAUGCUUAUUGUGAAACACCAAAUUGUAAUUAAGCGAUAUUCAUUUAUGGCCGUGACAAAACAAAUAAACGUUGAUAAAUAUGCUACAGUAAGCUUACUUGUCGUUAUUUCUUAAGUUAGAGGCAGAUUUCUGGAUGCAAUUCUAUAUUGAAAACUAUUGGCUAUUCAAUCAAAGUUCCGUCUAGUUACACAGAUGUAGAGACCCUAGAAGAUCUUGUGCGAUUUCCCAUAACCGAAAUGUUCAUGGAGCUGAUUUUCCCAUAGACAAACUAGAUUAAAUAUUGCACAACAGGGGGAAAGCUAGCACGGUGAGAUGAUAGCAUAGGCAUAAUGUUCAUGCAGACGUUACCAAGUCUGUCAAAUUAGACCCUCCGUGUGCGACUGUCAUAGUGGCUGAUAAGCGACCUGUGACGACUGCGGACGUCGUCAGCCUCGUUCGUGUUGCUGCUGGCCUGCACCUGAUGACUGAAGUUUGCUAAUCGUAAGAAAAAGAGCGGCAUCGCUCCAGUUGUAGCUGCAUUAUUGCGCGUCAUCUUGGUGGGGAUCUUCGGAAAUGAAUCAACGUGGCGGUUCAGUGAAGCACAUACUGCUACUCCCACGUCUGCUCAGUCUUCUACGUAUAUGCAAACGGCCUGACGACGCCAGAGGCCCAUCGCUAAUAUGGCUAAUCUAGGUACGCUUGUCCUCAGCAGCGCUUUCCGUGACGUAUACAGCUCUCCGUAUUGAAAGCUUCGUCUCAGAUGUCGAACGCGCAAUACGAAACGAAGACUGUUCGGAGAAUUGACUUUCCAUAUAUCUGGUUAUUGUCGGGUGGCUGGGUCAUCGCUGCUGCUUUGUAACUCGAAUACAGAACUGGCAAAUCAAAACUUUAGCAAUGUUGCUACCAGACGUUGUUGUAGCCUGCUCAUCAAACGAGUACUACCCAAUAAAUUUGGUAGAAUUUAAUUCGCAUUGUCAAUAUAUUCGCACGCAAGAUAUUAUGUCUGCCGUUGUAAAGAUGACCGUCACAUUUCGGUGCAGGCCUACGUGCAACUAGUUAGUCCAUCUUCUGUCGUGCGUUCGUUAAGCGCUUUACUGGUAAAGCGAAAAGCAACAGGGCUGCAAAUGGUGGACAGUUCGCAUAGAAAUGAACAAUAACUAAUGCGCAGUCUAGUUUUUUCACGACAUAUAUAUUCGAUUUGCAGGUUAAGAUCAACAAAAUGCUUGUAAAGUAAAAGGCUGCCGCCUAAACAGGCGGCUUAUAUCGAGUGGCUCGUAACGUGUAGGACUCGAUUUUGCUACACAUUGCCCCACCUACACACAACUGUUAUGGAUGAGUCAGGAUUUAGCAUUGUAUAUGAAUUAGAAGAGUGCUUUCGAUAGACUAACUUGGCGAUAGACUAGAUAGGCAGCACGUUAGACUAAAAUAGUUUUGCUAUUCUUUAGACAAUCGUUUUUAGCGGGUCAGAAUGGACAAUGACACAUGUUCGGCAAUUUUCUGUGUUUCUCAUUGGAACUAUGCUUCUUCAUGUUACAAUUGUAUUAGUAGUUAGUAAAAGGACCUCUACUGAGAUGUAUUACUGAGAUGGGUAGUAAUGACCGACGGGUAUGUAAAAAAAAGCGUAAUGCUUUGAAAAGUCCGCUUCCGGUUAUAGUUACAAAACUUUUUUUCUUGGUUCCUUAUUUCUGUUGUUGUUACGGGAAACUGGAAAAGUAUACAAAUGACAUUUUAACUUGAUUUUAACAAACAGAUAACAUGACUAGUCAAGUCUGCGAAGAUCUUGGUUUAGGGAAUUUCAAGCUAAUGGGUAUCAGAAAAUCAGAAGAAGUAUUACUAUUUAGGUUGGUUUGUUCAAGUCAGUUGUCUUAUCAUAGCCAUUGUGUAAUUCUCAGUGUGGCUCGCCGAAAUGGCAGGUCAGCCUCCUGAAAAGUAUUCAGAUACAUUUUUAAAACGUUCCGUGUGUGUUAUCGCCUCGAAAAGAGACCAAGUGUGUUUGUUAUCUGUUUGCAGCAAAAUGUAUGUUUACCUGAGCAAAUUCUGAGCGAGGCUUGGAGACCUCUACUUUAAUAUUAAACCGCAUCAUUUGCAAGGUUCGGCCCAAGAUAAUGGAAUUCGAAUUAAAAUGCUGUCGUUACAUGGAGAAUAUUUGGUUACAUACUACGCCACGAGCAUCGCAAGUUCCUUCCCCGUUGGCAUAUUAAAGGUGCAUUUAAAUCGUAGAAGAAACGGGCCGUCCUGUAUGUCAAAUUGUACGGUAAUGGGAUUAUAGGGUUCUUGUGUAUUGCAACGUUUGAUCGGCUACGACGUCACUAUUUUCACGACCUGUUCACUUCUUCUCUGUCGUUUUGUUCACUGUUGUGAUUACUUAUUUUUUUCGAGCUCAGCCUACGCAUGCCUAAAAUGUAAGUCCUUUGUAACAUUUUCUUCGUCGAAGAUAUCUUGCUGAUGUUGUUGUUAUCGUUUAUUCUGGCUCGUCCAUUCCUCUUGUUAUUAUUUCUUGUUAACGCGCUGACAGCAAAGGCUUGCCGUCAGUACAAGAUAACGACAGCGGUAAGGGCCCCCCGCCCGUGGCAUCUCCGAGAUGGGUUACUCACUGUUCGUUAGGUUGACCGUUUUGUUCGCGGCUUACCGUUGCUGCCAGCCAAUAGACUGCCAACGGAUCCAGUGAUACGAGCCAUAACGUGGCGACGCUCCUCAUUGCCUCAUUCCUGCUCGCGAUUGCUCCAGCCGGUACCAUGCCACGAAGUUGCUUCGGUUUCAUGUCCACUUUCAGCCUUUUCUUUUUCUUCGUCACGUUUUUCUUUCACCCGUAGCAUUUUUCGUGAAGCCAUCUUUAACAGUGCUUCGGC